UUUCUGAAUGAAACCGUAGCUCGCCUCGCGCUAUAAAUAGAACGGACGGGGCUUGACGUCACCAUGGAAGCCGCAUCACGUCGUUUUGUUCCGUGCUGUUGUGGCUGCAGAUUAUUUUUUUUCCCGAAGCGCUUUCGGAUGGGGACGGACGGAGUACUUCUGAAGGCAGCCCGAACAAUCAAGCUAGAUACAUAGUAGUGGUUAAUGUUACAUUGGGAGAAAAGGAUUAACGUUCAACAAGCUGGGGCGUGAUACCAGUUACGAAAUGAUCUUGCAGUAUUUGCCUAGCUAGCGGCGAGCGAUUCUUAUUUGUACAGGAGCCAUCGAGCUACCUGCAAUUAUUGAAUCGCACUCUGAACUCCUGCCUUUAGUUUUGGUUGACCAGAUCACACUCACUCAGCCCUAGAGAACGGGCCUUGAACAGUAGUAUGGACUACGAGAGACCCAAUGUUGAGACCAUUAAGUGUGUUGUGGUGGGGGACAACGCCGUAGGGAAGACACGGCUGAUCUGUGCUCGGGCCUGCAACACCACUCUGAACCAGUACCAACUACUGGCCACACACGUCCCUACGGUCUGGGCUAUAGACCAGUACAGAGUCUGUCAAGAGGUGUUGGAGCGCUCCAGGGAUGUGGUGGAUGAGGUCAGUGUGUCUCUCAGGCUGUGGGACACCUUUGGCGAUCAUCAUAAAGACAGACGCUUCGCAUACGGAAGGUCAGACGUGGUUGUGCUGUGUUUCUCCAUCGCCAACCCCAACUCUCUGCAUCACGUCAAGACCAUGUGGCACAUGGAGAUCAAGCACUUUUGUCCCAGGACGCCUGUCAUCCUGGUGGGUUGUCAGCUGGACCUGCGUUACGCUGAUCUGGAGGCCGUCAACAGGGCCAGGAGGCCAUUAGCCAGGCCGAUAAAGCCCGGAGACAUCCUUCCUCCAGAGAGUGGCCGGGAGGUGGCCAAGGAGCUGGGCAUCUCCUACUAUGAGACCAGUGUGUACCAGUUUGGCAUCAAGGACAUCUUCGACAAUGCCAUUCGAGCCGCGCUCAUCUCCCGUCGACACCUGCAGUUCUGGAAGUCCCACCUCCGGAAGGUCCAGAAGCCCCUCCUCCAGGCGCCCUUCCUGCCUCCCAAAGCACCGCCCCUCAUCAAGAUUCCAGAGUGUGUCAUCAACAACGGGAGGGUCCUGGUCCUAUUGGACAGUCCUCUUUGUGCUGACGUCAUGUUCAUCCUCCAGGACCACAUCCACAUCUUCGCCCACAAGAUCUACCUCUCCACCUCCUCCUCCAAGUUUUAUGACCUAUUCCAGAUGGACUUCAGUGACGAGUCCCAGUGCCUGGUGGUGACGGAGCGGCAUGCCCGGGACUCUCUCCUCAGGACCCUUAGUCUGGACACAGAGGAGGACGUGGCUGUGCUCCCCAACCUCUCCCCCUGCUCCCUCCGGGCCUCUAAGAGUGACGGCACCCUGAAGAUGAUGAGCUUCUCUGGUAAGCACCGGCGCACCAAGCUGUCCUUGGCCUCCUGGAGCAAGGCCUUCUACAGCAUCCACAAGGAGAGUGUGACCAACCCUGUGACGGGCUCCCCGGCUCACAUGACGGUGGUGAAGAUGGACUACUCCAUCCAGCUGGGUCCGUUCAGUGCCGUGUUGAGGUUCCUCUACACUGGGGAGCUGGAUGAAGAGGAGCGGGAUCUGAUGAAGAUCGCCCAGAUUGCAGAGGUCCUGGAGGUGUUUGACCUGAGGAUGAUGGUGGAGAACAUCAUGAACCAUGAGGGCUUCAUGAACCAGGAGAUCACCAAGGCCUUCCACGUCAGGAAAUCCAACCGCAUCAAGGAGUGUCUCAACAAGAACACCUUCACAGACGUCACCUUCAGGUUGGAGGAUGGAACCAUCAAUGCUCACAGACCUCUGCUCAUCUCCUCCUGUGAUUGGAUGGCUGCUGUGUUCGGAGGAUCCUUCAUGGAGAGUGCUAACAACGAGGUCUCGUUCCCAGGCACCAGCAGGGUGUGUAUGCAGGCUGUUCUGGAGUAUCUCUACACCAAUCAGCUUUGUCCCAUGGCAGAGUUGGACCCUAUGGAGCUGACGGCCCUGGCGAACAGACUCUGUCUCCCCAGACUGACUGCUCUGACAGAACACUAUGCAGUGAGUGAGCUGGUGAAAGCCUCCAAAGAUGGACAGGAUAUAGACGGCGAAGUACUCACCUAUCUGGAACUGGCUCAGUUCCAUAAUGCUAACCAGUUAGCAGCUUGGUGCUUACAUCACAUCUGCACUCACUACAACAAUGUCUGUGCCAACUAUCGCAAAGAGAUCAAGGCCAAAUCUGCAGAGAACCAGGAAUAUUUUGAGAAGCACCGCUGGCCCCCGGUGUGGUACCUGAAGGAGGAGGACCACUACCAGCGGGUGAGGAAGGAGAGGGAGAAGGAGGACGUGGUUCUCAACAAACACCACAGCAGACGACGUUGGUGCUUCUGGAGCACCUCACCUGCCGUGGCCUGAGAGGUCUGAGAAUGGUCUGCCCAGCCCCAAACCGCCCAGGGAAUCUGCCUCCUGCCCCGUGCUACAGCUUCUAACCCUGCACCCCGCAAAGAGGUCCCAACAACACACGCUGUACCAAUGUUUUACUGUUAGAUCAUCUGAGCAUCAAAACAGGAAAUAACUAUCUGACGAUGCA